GCCUUUGUUUUGGAAGAAGUUAGAAAUACACGGUUUUAUUUCUGCCAAAUCCUUCGCUACUCGUCCCGCCAUUAACACCACACCACACCAUCAUCAACCUCAAUUAUUUCAUUGAAUCAAUGAAAUAAAAAAACACUCUCUUUUCUCCUACAUGUUCUCUCUAUUUAUUUUCAAUGGACUCAAUCCUCAACUCAGCCCUUGAAGAAAUCUGUUCACAGGGCCAAAACGGUGUCACUCUCCCGACCCUUUACACCAAGCUCAGCCCUCUACUCUCUUCCUUCAACCUUGAUCUCUCACCAGGAGUGAAAAAAGCCAUCUGGGUCAGGCUCUUAAGCGUUCCAACCCUCCAAUUCCAGGCUCACAAUGUCUCGUACUCUCCCUCUGACCCUUCAAUUCAGUCUUUUGAAGAUGCCCAGAAGCUGAAUUUGAAGGUUUUUGCUAAAGAGCACUUGAGGGACAACUUUGUUGGGCUCUACAAUGUCCAAUCCGCCAAUGCCAACAUGUCUUCACCACAAAGGCGUGCCCUUGAACGACUUGCUAUUGCUAGAACAAAUGGGAUUACACAAAAUCAACUUGGCAAGGAAUUUGGCAUUGAAGGGAAGAAUUUGUUUUAUAUAGUGAGGAACCUUGAAUGUCAAGGACUGAUUGUGAGGCAGUCUGCGGUUGUAAGAACAAAAGAAGCUUCCAAUGAAGGGGAUCUGAAAAACAGUCCAUGUGUGAUCACCAAUAUAAUGUACUUGUAUCGCUAUGCAAAACAAUUGGGCUCCCAACAAAAAAUUGAGAUUACCAAGGAAGAACAGACCAUAGAGAGUAUAGGGAAUGCAGAUGAAAAUGAUACAAGUGGUGGUGGUUUUUAUGGAAAAUGUGUAAAAGAGGAUGUACAUGUGAGGGAUUAUGUACCGGCAAUGAAAGCUGUAUGUGAUAAACUGGAAGCAGCCACUGACAAGGUUCUUGUUGUAUCAGAUAUAAAAAAGGAGCUUGGUUAUUGUGGUCCUUCAGGGCAUAAAGAUUGGAGAAGAAUUUGCGACAAGUUGAAAGAUGCACAUAUUGUGGAGCAGUUUGAUGCUAAAGUGAAUGGGAAGGUUGAGGCUUGCUUGCGUUUGGUGAAAACAUUUUCUCCAAAGCAGUUUGGACCAAAUACUCAUGGAUGUGGAGAUGAUGAUUUUGAGGAAGAACAGCAGGUGAAAUUUGGAAAGCAACGUCAAAUCACUGAGCAACUUGUAGAGCUUCCCAUUGAGCAUCAAAUUUAUGACAUGAUUGAUGCAGCUGGAUCGGAGGGCUUGACUGUGAUGGAGGUCUGCAAGAGGCUUGGGAUUGACAACAAAAAGAACUAUAACCGACUAGUUAAUAUGUUCUCUAGAUUUGGAAUGAAUCUGCAGGCAGAAAACCAUAAAAAAUGUAUGAUAUAUCGCGUUUGGACACCUGGGAAUUUUGGUCCUGAAUCUGCUAAUGCAUUUCUGAGUAAAUCAAAAGAUGUUCUUGAUGAAAAUAAAUUCUCCAACAUACAUGUUGGCAAUUUAGAUGCUUCUAAGGGAUCAGCUCUAAUCUGUUCAGAGCAUGAUCCAUCAACUUCAGAAGGUGAUGUUGCUAGUCCUGGAAAGAUCAUAAAUCGACAAAUUGAUACUGAACUUUCUCAUGGGUCGCCUGGGGAUGGUGAUUCUAACCAUAUGCUCAUCUGUCCUAGCAACCCACUCUUUGAGCCAAGAGAUACAGUUUCUGGUGCAGAACUUAAUAUAGUGAGUACAGAGUUGGAAACAAAUGUUGAUUCAUCAGAAACACCACCUCCUGCUGCCUUGAAGCCACUUACUUCUGGAUCAUUUCAGAGGUAUCCAUGCCUGCCUUUGACUGCAGAUAGCGCUCGAAGGGAGCAAAGAAUACUUGAACGGUUACAGGAGGAGAAAUUCAUUCUGAGAGGUGAGCUGUUUAAGUGGCUGGUGAGUCUUGAGAAGGAUAAGUCCACAACUGCUGACAGGAAGACCAUUGACCGAAUUCUUAAUAAACUUCAGCAGCAAGGGCAUUGCAAAUGCAUGCUCAUCAAUUCUCCUGUUAUCACAAAUUUUGGCCGUAGCCGCAUCACCCAGGUGGUUCUGCACCCAUCUAUUCAAAGUUUAUCUCCUGAGCUACUUGCUGAAAUUCAUGAUAGACAUAGGUCUUUUGAAAUGCAAAGUCGCGGCCAGGGUUCAUCUCGGGUGAAAAAUGAUGGAUUAGUUCCUGAAUUGAAGAGCGUUCAGAGGAUUCAGAACCAUGUAGGUUCUGAUGUCCGAGCUGUUAGAUCAGAAUCCAUGCGUGCUAAUGGAUUUGUCUUGGCUAAAAUGGUUCGCGCAAAGCUGCUGCAUUGCUUUCUGUGGGAUUACCUGUUUAGUGCAGCUGGUUCUAAUGAUGCUUUAUCAUCUGGAAAGCAUGUCUAUGAAAUGAGUAGCUUGCAGACUAAUAGCAAAUUGUUUUCUCUAGAAGCGGCAAUUAAGGCCAUGCCAGUUGAGCUGUUCUUACAAGUUGUGGGGACCACUCAAAAGUUUGAUGAUAUGAUUGAGAAGUGUAAGAGGGGAUUGCUUCUCUCUGAUAUUCCUGCCGAGGAGUACAAGCAACUAAUGGAUACUCAUGCUACUGGAAGGAUUUCAUUGGUUAUUGACAUUUUACAACGGUUGAAGCUGAUUCGGAUGAUAACUGAUGGACAUUUAAAAGGAGUUGAGGUACCACAUGUCACUUAUACACAUGCAAUGGAGCUUAAGCCUUACAUUGAGGAACCACUCUCAAAAUAUGCUACAUCUUUAAGUUUUAUAGAUCUUGAUCUUCGCCCACGAAUGAGACAUGACUUUAUCCUGUCAAGUAAAGCCACUGUUAAUGAGUAUUGGCAAACUUUGGAGUAUUGCUAUGCUGCUGCUGAUCCAAGAUCUGCUUUGCUUGCAUUCCCUGGAUCUGCUGUUCAUGAGGUUUUCCUAUUCCGGUCAUGGGCCUCAGUCCGGGUUAUGACAGCUGAUCAGCGUGCAGAGCUCUUAAAUCGUGUGGUGCAGGAUGAUAUAAGUGAAAAAAUUUCAUAUAAAGAUUGUGAGAAGAUUGCAAAGGAACUUAAUCUGACCUUAGAGCAGGUGCUUCGUGUGUAUUAUGAUAAGCGCCAACAACGACUUAAUAGAUUUCAGGGUAAAGGGGAUGAGUCCCAACCAGUAAGAAGGAAACGCAAUUCAUCUUCUUGGAGAGGGGAAAGAUCUCCAGUAGCGAGGUCAACAAAGCAUGCUAGAGUUGACGCAGAAACUGGACAGUUGGACAAGCAGAGAUUUGAUGGAUUGCCUGAUACUGUUAACCAAUGUAUGGGAGAAAAAGAUCUUUUGGUCACUUAUCCAGGAGAGCAUAACAUUCAUUUGCAAACAAUUCAGGAGGAUGAUCAUCUCGAAAGUGAGGAGGAGCCAGGACAAAGUGAAGAUGAGGAGUGCUAUUCCUUUAUUAGUCAGUGUGCUGUUUCAAAGAUGAAUCCAACUCGUCAAAGAAGGUUUUCAUGGACAGAUGAAGCUGACAGGCAAUUGGUGAUCCAAUAUGUAAGACACCGUGUAGUUCGUGGGGCAAAAUAUCAUCGCACAGAUUGGUCUUCGCUUCCUGACCUUCCAGCACCUCCAGUUACCUGUAAGAGAAGAAUGGCAUUGCUGAACAGGAACAGAAUAUUUAGAAAAGCUGUAAUGAGGCUCUGUAAUGUGCUUGGUGCGCGGUACGCUAAACACCUGGAGAAAACCCAGAACAGGUUACCAAAGAAAGAUGCUCGUGGAAUGCUUGUGCAAAGUUUAUCAGUGGAAGGUCUUGAGAGGAAUUUUUCCAAUGUUGAUGAACAUACUCAAGAGACAGGUCUUGAGGAAAAACCGUGGUAUGAUUUUGAUGAUGAAAGUCUAAAGGCAGACCUUGAUGAGGUUAUGUGGUACAAGAGGAUGGGUAAACUGGAGGCCUCCAGAAGAGUUGAAUCUGCAAAUGACUCUCAGGACUCUGAAUUGGUUGCAUCAAACAGUUCUUGUCAGGAUGUUGAGAACAAUGGUCUACAAAAAAUAACUGCCAAAAAAUCACGUCGCCGCCUUAAUCAGAAGUUUAUUAAGCUUUUGAAUGAAGGGGUCAAUGUUAGUAGACAAGUAUAUGAGUCAUUGGCUGUUUCCAAUGCUGUAGAGCUAUUUAAGCUUGUCUUUUUAAGUACCUCAACAGCAGCAGAGGUGCCAAAUCUGCUGGCAGAAAUUUUACGGCGUUACUCACAGCAUGAUCUUUUUGCAGCUUUUAACUUCCUUAGAGAGAAUAAAAUCAUGGUUGGGGGUAACGGUACUCAACCUUUCGAACUUUCACAACAUUUCUUGCAUGGUGUUUCUAGGUCAAAAUUUCCAACUGAUACUGAAAAGAGAGCUGCUAAAUUUAAUAGUUGGCUCCAUGAAAGAGAAAAAGAUCUUAUGGAGGGGGGGAUAAAUCUUACUGAAGAUUUACAGUGUGGGGACAUUUUCCAUUUGUUUGCUCUAGUUUCUUCAGGUGAACUGUCCAUUUCUCCGCACUUGCCAGAUGAAGGAGUUGGAGAGGCUGAAGAUCCAAGAAGCUUGAAACGUAAAAAUGAUAACAAUGAAUCUUGUGCUGAUGAUAAGGCUAAGAAACAGAAAUCCUUAACGGCAAGUGAGGGAGAAAUUCGCAGAGAAAAAGGUUUUCCAGGGAUCAUGGUAUCCAUACAUCGUGCAACAUUUUCUAGAGCCAAUGUUAUAGAAUUGUUUAAAGAUAGGACCAGCUAUAAUUGUGAACAACUUUUGCUUGACGGGAAUGAUCAAUCCAACAUUUCGUUUGGUCAGAGCUGUAGUUCACCUUGUGUUGACCAUAUGAAGGAAAUUCUUAGUUCAGAUGCCGUUGUGCCUAUAGCCAGGAAUCAUGGUGAGUCACCUUGGGAAGCUAUGGCAAGCUUUGCUGAAUAUUUGAUGUCAAUACCUUCUGAUCAGGAAGAAGCAAAUCCCAUCCAUCCUGAGGUUUUUGGGACUGUUUAUGCUGCUAUUCAGAAGGCUGGUGACCAAGGUUUGAGCAUGGAAGAAGUUUCCCAAUUCAUUAAUACGCCAGGAGAAAGGAUUCCUGAACUUAUCAUUGACGUGCUACAAGCAUUUCACCGUGCCUUAAAGGUCAAUGGUUAUGAUUCUGUUCGUGUUGUUGAUUCUCUAUAUCGUUCCAAGUAUUUUUUGACUUCAAAGUCCAGAUUUUGUGAUAAUGUUAAACCACCUUCAUCGACCAAGUCUUUAGGAAGAAGUGAUGACAGUCACUUGAUUGUCCUGCCAGAAAAUCAUGUCAUUGGUGAUGCAAAUUUAAAAAGAAAAACAGGCUCGAGUGUUGACAAUCAGCACAAAGUGACGAUUCUUAAUCUACCCGAAGAGGUUACUGAGCCCUCAAAUGAAAAUCAAACAAGCAAUUUGCUUAAAAAAACUGUUUUACCUAAUGGCAAAAAAGAGGAUGAAGCCUCUUUAAUCUCUUCUGGUGAAUUAUGCAUGCCAAUAUUGCCUUGGAUUAAUGGAGACGGGACUGUUAACAAUAUGGUUUACAAGGGAGUUCGACGCCGUGUUCUUGGAAUUGUGAUGCAAAAUCCAGGGAUAUUAGAGGAUGACAUUAUCCGUCAGAUGGUGGAUAUAUUGAACCCCCAGAGCUGUAGAAAAUUGUUGGAGUUGAUGUUUCUGGAUAAACACCUCCAUGUAAAGAAGAUGUAUCAAACCACAUCCAAUGCAUCCCCAGGCAUUCUUGGUACCCUCCUUGGAAGCAAACUCAGCAUGAAAAAAUUUGAUAUUCGCGAGCAUUUCUUUGCAAAUCCCAUGAGUACAUCCUUAUUGUAGGGAACAACUUUAAGCAUAUUUUAAAAUAGGUUUUUGGAGAGCAACUUUGCUUCCUCUUCACAAAAGUACUCAAGUUUGUGGGUCAAAUGUAAAGAGUAGCAUUGAAUGCUGAUUCUUGUAUAGAGUAUUCGAAUGAGUGAUCUUAGGAUGUUCACUCUUUUUUUUGCUCCCCCUUUUUGCUAAAUUAAAUAGGGUAGGGGGAAGUGAUCAAUCUGUCGAAGACUGACUGUGCUGAUGGAAUGUGUGGUCUUAGGAUUGUAACUCUUGAAGCUGAAAGAAGUCUUUUUUUUUUUUUUUGGUUAGCAUUUUCUGUAUAGUUCUUCACUUUUGUACUCCUGCUUAAUGGGAAUUCAAUAUUUAGUGUAGAUAAAAUGUACUCAUAAACUCUUUUGUAUAGUAAAAUGGUUAUUAAUGACAUGCAGAUUUCAAAUUAAGGGAACCA